AUGAAGGACAAACCUAAGAAGCAAAGGAAGGAGAACAACAUUAAUGGAAACAAACAAAAUACUCAUAACCAUAAUAGAGAGAAAACAGAGAAUAUUACCUUGAAGAUCAGCAGAAAAGGAAAUAACAAGGAUAGAGAUGAGCAACCUGAGAAGAAUAACAAGCAAAAACCAUUACGAUUUACCAAACUAAAAAAUAUGAUCAGAAAUCCAAAACAAUCCAAGGAAGAAGCUGAGAUAAUGACAGGCAUGGACUACCCGAAGACGAUGGCUCACCUGGGUAAAGCCAACCACAACACCAAUAAUACAAUCAGUCAGUAUAGUAACUACCAUAUCAAGAAUCAAACGAAAGCAAAAGGGAAAAUCAUUAGAAACUACCUCAACCAUAAGCCCACAAACAUUCGUUUAGGGUCGGGAUCAUGGUCCAGUUACAGAGUCAUACAUAGAGAAAUGGAUAGUGCGCCGACUUACAAGGAAACUCAAAAAAUGGAAGACCACUACAAGGAAGAGCUCUACCACAACAUGCAAAACACAAUCGGAGAAGACAACAUCAAUAAUCAGCCCGACAAAGAAAACAUCAACGAAACAGAGGAAGAAGACAAUCACGAGUGCCUACCUAACAGUCCCGAUAACUGGAACCACACUCAUCGAUAUCAAUAG